AUCCAAACGAACGGCCUUCGAUGGGAGAAGUUGAGGUAACCUUAGAACUUGCAUUGAAGUUGCAGGAGAAAGCCGACUUGGUUAUCAAGGCUGACAAUCCACAUGCUGGUUACGCCAUCGAAGAUGUAUCAUUUCGUGUUUCUCUCGUGGAUUAUGAGGAAUUCUGGUUACACCAAGCCAACAGCUAUUUUUGUCCAAUGCAGAACUAAAAAUUGGUGGGUGGAGAUGAAUUUGGGAAGGAGAAAACUAUUAUCUAUUUUCUACUGAUGAAUAGAGUGACGCAAUUCCUAUCCAAAAUUUAAAUGGCGUUAUCAAAUUCCAGUCAUUCUUGCCUUGCUGUUAUCUACCUUUCUUUCUUUCUGUUCUUUCUUUUUUUCUUUUUUUCUUAUUUUGUGUCUUAAUGUAAAUAUUUCUUCCAAUAUCAAUUUUAGUUUUAACCACUUUGACUUUGACUGCAAGGCAAACUUCUAAGUAGCUGGCAAGAUCAGCUACUUAAAUGAUUAAUUAAAGACAGCUGUUUUUGGUUUUGAAUGGAGGAAAAUUUUAUUGAACUUGAGAGAUGGGAUAGAGCAGAUCACUUUUGCUUUUAUCCAUAAGGUUAAGUUUGUAAUAUAAGAUGCGAUUGGAU